AGACUGGGCUGGUCCUGCUGAAGUUCGGACUCAUCUUCUGGGUGUUUCUACCAGGUUAAGCCAGGAUGCCAGAGCCUGUUAAGAAAACAGCUUUUACCAAGAAGCCGAAAUCUGGUGAAGUACAGAUUGGCGGUUCCAUUACCUUUGAUGCUGAGACCGAGAAAGCCGGAGUUAAGGUCAAGUGGCAAAAAAAUAAUGUAGACAUUGGCGCUAGUGACAAGUACAGCAUCAAAGCUGAUGGCAAAAACCACUCAUUGACCAUCAACAAUGCUAGCGCAGAGGAUGAGGUCGUCUAUGCAGUCAUUGCUGGAACCUCAAAGGUGAAGUUUGAGCUCAAAGUGAAGGAGCCAGAAAAAUCAGCAGACACCCCAGAUGCUGCUGCCGCCGCACCUCCUCCUCCUGAAGUCCCAGAAGCCCCUGCACCGACGAGUUCUGAGGCACCUACCCCAGUUGUAGAGGAGAAGAAAGAUGAAGCACCAGCUGCCGCUCCUAUCCUUGAAACAGAGGCUGCUAAGAAUGACAUUGGGCUGUUCUUGGAGAGACCGGUAGAUGGAGAGAUCACUGUUGGCGAAAACAUCAAAUUUACGGCAAGGGUGAAUGGCACCAACUUGAUGAAGAAGCCCGUGGCGAAAUGGUUUAAAGGCAAAUGGAUGGACUUGUCUAGCAAAGUGGGCAAACAUCUGCAGAUCUCUGAGACCUAUGAUCGCAACACUAAGAUUUACACUUUCGAGAUCCACAUUAUUAAGGCCAAGACCACCUAUGCAGGAGGCUACCGCUGUGAGGUGUCCAGUAAAGACAAAUUUGACAGCUGCAAUUUCAACUUGAAUGUUCAAGAAGCCGCUAAUGCUGGAGAUGUAGAUAUCCGCUCAGCAUUCAAACGCACUGGUGACGGAGCGGAUGAAGCUGGAGAACUGGACUUCAGUGCUCUUCUCAGGAAAAGCAAUGAGGCCAAGAUGGAAGUCGAGCCAGAUGUGGAUGUUUGGGACAUCCUCCGUAAGGCACCACCCUCCGAAUAUGAGAAGAUUGCUUUCCAGUAUGGUAUUACCGAUCUGCGUGGCCUCCUCAAACGUCUCAAGAAGAUGAAGAAGGAGGAGAAGAAGAGCACAGCUUUCCUGAAGAAGCUAGACCCAGCCUACCAAGUGGACAAGAGUCAGAAGUUGAAGUUGAUUGUGGAAGUGGUCAAUCCUGAUGCUGAAGUAAAAUGGAUGAAGAAUGGCCAAGAAAUCCGCGUCAGUGGAAGCAAGUACAUCUUUGAGAACAUUGGGAAUAAAAGGAUUCUGACGAUCAAUCAUUGCUCGCUGGCUGAUGACGCUGCCUAUGAGUGUGUGAUUGGAGAUGAGAAGUGCUUCACCGAGUUGUUUGUUAGAGAACCUCCGGUCCAGGUCCUCCAUCCCCUGGAAGAUCAAGUGGUCAUGGUCGGAGAGAGAGUGGAGUUUGAGUGUGAAGUGUCGGAGGAAGGAGCACAGGUCAAAUGGGAGAAGGAUGGGGUAGAACUGACCAGAGAAGAAACUUUUAAAUAUCGGUUUAAAAAAGAUGGGAAGAAGCAUUUCCUCAUUAUUAACGAAACAACACUGGAGGAUAGCGGCAACUAUACUGUCAAGACCAAUGGAGGAGAGUCUGUGGCUGAGCUGAUGGUGCAAGAGAAGCAGCUGGAGAUUCUGCAGGGUGUAGCUGAUUUGACAGUGAAGUCCAAGGAGCAGGCUGUGUUCAGGUGUGAAGUGUCGGACGAGACCGUCACAGGAAUAUGGGUGAAGAAUGGAAAGGAGGUCAUUCCCAAUGACAGGAUCAAGGUCACCCAUAUUGGAAGAGUUCAUAAGCUGACCAUCGAUGACGUCAUAUCAUCGGAUGAGGGAGACUAUUCCUUUAUUCCCAAUGGAUUUGCCUUCAACCUCUCUGCAAAAUUGCACUUUAUGGAGGUGAAAAUUGACUUUGUUCCCAGACAAGAGCCCCCGAAGAUUAAAUUGGACACUACAUCUGGACACGCUGACACCAUCAUUGUCGUUGCUGGCAAUAAACUGCGCCUUGACGUCCCCAUCACUGGAGAUCCAGCACCCAUUGUGGUGUGGAGUAAAGGUGACAAGGUAAUUGAGCAGAUCAGGAUUGGCCCCAAGCCUGGGGAGGAGACGAAUGAAGAUCUGGAUGUAAUUUCAGAAACUGAUGGCAGAGUCCAUGUGGAGACCUUCGCAGACCACUGUGUGUUCACUAUUGAGGGAGCAGAGAAGGUGGACGAAGGGCAAUAUACUGUUCUUGUGAAGAACGAAGCCGGAGAGGACAAGGCAACCAUCAAUGUGAAAGUCAUUGAGGUUCCAGACCCACCUGAGUCCCCCAAGAUCCUUAACAUUGGAGAGGAUUUCUGUACUGUGCAAUGGGAGGUACCCAAGUAUAAUGGGGGCAUGCCAAUCCUGGGUUACAUUUUGGAGAGGAAGAAGAAAAAGAGUUACAGAUGGAUGCGGCUGAAUUAUGACCUGGAGAAGGAACUGACUUAUGAAUCUAAGAGAAUGAUUGAAGGGCAGGUAUAUGAGAUGCGUAUCUAUGCUGUAAAUGCCAUCGGCAUGUCCCGUCCCAGCCAGUCCUCACAGCCAUUCAUGCCAAUCGCUCCUACCAGUGAACCCACUCAUCUGACCGUAGAGGAUGUCAGUGACACCACCAUUACACUAAAAUGGCGGCCUCCAGAGAGGGUGGGCGCCGGAGGAUUGGAUGGCUACAACGUGGAAUAUUGCAAGGAGGGCUCUUCAGAAUGGAUCCCCGCACUGCAAGGCCUGACCGAAAGGACAUCUUCUAUGAUCCGAGACUUGCCCACUGGGGAGCGACUGAUCUUCAGGGUCCGGGCAUUUAACCUGGCAGGACCCAGUGAGCCAUGCACCAUGAAAGAGCCUGUGACCAUCCGGGAGAUCAUGCAACGGCCAAAAAUCUGGCUCCCACGUUAUCUGAGACAGAAGUUUCUGAAGAGAGUCGGUGAGACAGUGAACAUUGUCAUACCCUUCCAGGGAAAACCGCGCCCUGUGGUAACCUGGCUGAAAGACGGGCAGCCUAUUGACCCAAAACAGAUUGGCAUCCGGAACAGUGAACAGGACACCAUCCUGUUCAUCAGAUCUGCCGAAAGGCAUCACUCUGGUGAAUACCAGGUUAAAAUCCAGAUUGAGAAUUGUGAGGACACAGCCACCAUCCAUAUCCAGAUUGUAGACAAGCCCAGUGCUCCUCAGAACUUGAAGAUUGUGGAAAUAUGGGGAUUCAAUGUGGCCCUAGAGUGGUCUCCACCCCAGGAUGACGGAAAUGCUGAGAUUUCAGGCUACACUAUCCAAAAGGCUGACAAAAAGACCAUGGAAUGGUUCACAGUCUUUGAACAUUAUAGACGCCUCAACUGCGUAGUGUCUGAUCUGAUCAUCGGUAAUGAGUACUUCUUCCGAGUGUUCUGCGGCAACAUGUGUGGCCUAAGCGAGAAACCUGCAACGUCCAAGAACAGCGCAUAUAUUCAGAAACCCGGCUCUGGCUAUAAACCCCCCAAUUACAAGGAGCACGAGUUUGCAGAAGCUCCUAAAUUCACUCAUCAACUAGUUAGUCGCUCUGUAGUAGCAGGAUACAACGCAACCCUCAGCUGUGCACUACGUGGGACACCCAAGCCUAAAAUUACUUGGUACAAGAAUAAGAUGGACCUGUCCAGGGAGGCUCGUUAUCGCGCCUUCAGUAAGCAGGGUGUACUCACUCUGGAGGUGAGGAAGCCCAGUUCGUUUGAUGGGGGUGUGUACAUGUGCAGAGCUGUGAAUGAGCACGGAGAAGCGGAGACUGAGUGCCGGCUGGAUGUGCGAGUGCCCCAGUAAAUAACAGUGAUGGAUUAUGGCAGGUGACGGGAUUGAAAAGAAGACUAUAAAACUGGAAAAGGUGAAAUCUGUUGAAAUUAGUAAUCUAAUACACAUAAACAUAUUUAAUAUACGGAAAAUAAAACAACAGCAUGAUAGUGUCAUCGUCAUUUCCGCAGCUUUCUGUGCACUCUCCGCAGCAAUACUUGACUUCGUAUUCUACAAAAGAUACAUAUAUCGACUUGGAUUGUUCUAUUUUUUUUGUUUGUUUGUUUUCUAAACUAUAUGGAGGGGUGGGAGAAAUAUGACUACUGUUUCCAGUCAUAACGAGUAAUAAUAAUAUUGCCGUAAUAAAAUAUGGAAGCGCUUAAAGGUAUUUUGGAAAGUGAAAUAAAUAAAGAAUGCAGAAUAUUUUUA